UCAUAGGUGUCAUCGUUGUUGUUAUUGCUAAUUGUAGUAUUAUUGUCUUUGCUUAAUAUACUCAUUAGUCUACUUAGUAAGCUAAUGAUUUUUAUUUUUUAUUUUUUCUUUUGUUGUAUUGUUGGACAGAAUGAUCAAGGGCUGAGACAGGCCAUAUCCGACAUCACACCUGAAGUGGAGAAGAUUACUAAGAAUAUGAACCUCAGUGUCCAAAUUAAUGAUGUUGAGAAGGCUGAAUGUGAGUGUUGUGGGCUCUCUGAGGAUUGCACUCCUGCCUACAUUGGCCAAAUCAAGGACUUGUACUAUGGUAAAUGGGUUUGUGGACUAUGCUCAGAAGCUGUGAAAGAACAUAUGAAUAGAGUUCCAAAGAUAGCCAUGGAAGAAGCUGUGGAUUCUCACAUGAACUUUUGUAAGAAGUUCAACAGAACUGCAAGACUCAACCCAAAUCUCUCCUUGGCUGGUGCAAUGAGGGAGAUUGCAAGGAGAAGUUCCCAAUAUAGGAAUUCUAAGAGCCUGACCACAUCAAAGAUUGCUAGAACCAACAGCUGCAAUCCAAGGAUCAACUUUCAGAUCAACAGGCCGGGCAGUAACGAUCAUGUGGAAGCACGAAAAUACUGA